GAUUCAAAUGUUGUUAUUGGGUUUAAGGCCUUUCCUCCUUAGCAGACCUUCAAUUUAGAUAUUUACUCUCACUUGAAUUGGAAUCCAAUCCCUAUAUCAAUCUUUUUCUCUCCAUCUACAUCACUUCAAGCCUCCUUUCCUUUCCUUUCCAUUUCAGUCUCGGCAUCAAGAGCUCUCUGAGCAUACUUCUUGACUCUUCUAAAUACUUCCAGUAACUUGCGAUCAAGACUGCAGCCCUUUCGCAAAUCUUCUUCAUCGAGAAGUACGCGAAACAGCAGUCGCGCAUCGUUCUACAAGUUUACCUUGAAUUGAACUUAAUCAACUUAUCUCACAGAAAACAGAUAGACUCAUCAUGGCUGAAGCCGAGAAUUUCGAGGAAGAUCUCUUCGCUGACCUGUACACCGAAGAUGAUAACGCCGCAAAUGCAUCAGAGGCUGUGACCGAACCUACCGUCCAACCAUCAGCCCCUGCUACAGAAACCAAACCCGAAAUACCAGCCGAACAAGAAAUUGAACAAAAUCCACAUAAUGGAGAUGGGGAUGGUGAUCAACAAAUGUACAAUGGUGAACAGGAUGUGGAUGAGGAUAUAGAUUUCAAUCUGGGAAACGGGAAUGGCAAUGGGGGUGGUUAUGAUGCUCCUUCUACUAGGGAUGAAGCACAAGGACCGGGUAUUAAGGAAGAUGGUAAAAUGUUCAUUGGUGGUUUGAAUUGGGAAACGACAGAUGAAUCAUUGAAGGAUUACUUCUCACAAUUUGGUGAAGUACUUGAAUGUACUGUCAUGCGAGAUGGUGCCUCUGGUCGAUCUCGAGGAUUUGGGUUCCUGACAUUCAAAGACGCCCGGACUGUCAAUAUUGUCAUGGUUAAAGAACAUUACCUUGACGGCAAAAUAGUAAGACCCGAUCUCAAAACCUUUAACAAUUCUUUACGCUCUUAUCCUUCCAAAUUUCUCCUAUUAGCUUCAGAAGGCACUCACUCACAUACAACUUUUAAGAUUGAUCCCAAGCGCGCUAUUCCCAGAGAUGAGCAAGAACGUACGAGCAAAAUUUUCGUUGGUGGUGUCAGUCAGGAUGCUUCCGAACAAGAUUUCAAAGAGUACUUCACGCAAUUUGGACGAGUUGUUGAUGCUACUCUUAUGAUGGACAAAGACACCGGUAGGCCAAGAGGAUUUGGAUUCGUCACAUUCGACAGUGAAGCCGCUGUCGAAGCAUGCUUGGAAGCUCCACUCGAAAUUCAUGGAAAGCCAAUCGAGGUCAAGAAAGCCCAGCCUCGAGGCAACAUACGAGAAGAGGAAGAAACCAGGGGGCCACGAGGCAGUAGAUUCAAGAAAGGUGGAAACGCCAGUGACGAAUUUCAGAAUUCUAAUCAACAGCAACAAGGUGGUCAAAUGAAUGUCCCAGGUGGUAUGACUCCUCAAUUAAUGGCUCAAUAUUGGCAGCGCAUGCAACAGUACUUUGCAGUAAUGCAACAACAAAUGGCCAUGGGCGGGGGGCGAGGACAAAUGCCAGGCGGAAUGCCCGGCGGUAUGAAUCCUGCCAUGAUGGCCCAAAUGGCUCAGAUGCAGCAGAUGCAGCAAAUGCAGCAGCAAAUGCAAGGAGGGGGAGGCGCUGGAGCGCGCAGCCAAAGUCCUCAAAGUCCAACUGCUGGAAUGGCAGCAAUGGCCAGUAUGAAUCCAGCCAUGAUGCAACAGAUGCAGCAAAUGCAACAAAUGCAGAUGCAACAGGCCAUGGGCGGACAAGGAGGUAACUUUCCGGCUGGAGGUGGGAGUAACCCCGGUGGUCGAAUGGGUACACCCGGCUACAAUGCCUAUGAACAAGGCAUCUUCGAGCAACAAAAGUACGAGCAGCAACAAAUGAGACGUGCUCAACGCGAACAAUCUCAAUAUGGAGGCGGCGGUAGUGGCGGUGGGUAUGGAAUGGGUGGAGGUGGCGGUGGACCAACCUCUUGGGAGGGUAUGUAUGACGAUGUUCCUCAGCCAGGCAGUGGUGGUGGUGGUGGUGGUGGUAGUGGCAGCGGUCGUGGUGGAUUUGGUGGUGGAAGAGGUCGUGGAGGUGGAGGUGGAGGAAGCGAUAGGGGGUCUGCUCCUCCUGCGACUGCACCUAAUGCACCUGCCGGUGCUCCAACAGGCCCGAAGAAUGCUGGAAAGCCUGGUGCGAACUACAGGGGUGGUGGAAGGGGUGGCAACAGAGGUUUUCAUCCUUAUGCUAGGGGAUAAAUGUGGCACCCACUGUCCCUUGGGUUCUCUGGCCGAGGAGUUGCUUGAAUCAAUAUUCUAGUAGUCAUCUAGCCAUCGAUAAACUCAGACUCUUCAGUGCAGUCACAUUGCCUCACGUACAUUCAAAAAUCGCGUCUUUGCUUAGCCUUCGUAUCACUUUCGACGACUGCUUUCUCAUUUACUUAUUUCAUUGUCAUAUUUCGACCUCUAAACCGGGGCCGCGGUGUUAAGGCUGAACAACUUAUGAAGAGCUUCAGAUUCAGAUAAUCAUUCCACUGCAAAAUCAUCGGCAUGGAAAAGACUGAGAUGGCGCCAGUAAUCCAAUAUCAAAAUUCCGUUAUUGUAUAAAGAAACCAGGACAUCCCAAAAAACUGGGAAUGGAAAUGAAGAAUAGUUGCCGUGAUUGUUGA